UCGUGCAAAAUAUUCCAAGCGCGCCAAAAUCGUUCAAAUAUACACAUAUGAAGCAAAAGAGUUCAUUCCGCACCACCUGUACAGAAAUUCAAAUAUUUUCCUUUGCGGCGAAAUUCACGGUCUCUUCGCCGCAAAGUUGUUCACUCAUCGCAUGAUUGCUCGGAGAGCGAGAGAGGUAAAGUUCCACAGAGAGCAAGAAAUAAACGAACCUGCGAGCGAAAUCUUCACAAACGUCAAACACCGCGACCAGAAGUCAGAUCGCGUCCGAUUCGGGUUCUUGUUUUGCUUCGAUUUAUAUAUACCUACUGCUAAACGAUUUGAAAUUCGAUCAAAUUUUGUGCAAAAUGAAGUGAAAAGUGAUACAAUUUAUUUGUAUAAACAUUUGCAGUCCUGAAUUAGUCAAAAUCUGGUAUAUUGGAGCUUUCACAGAGUCAUAUUGGCAUCAAAAUAGCGAGGAAAUUAUCUUUUUCGUUUGUGUCGCUUGGGAAGCUGUUUGAAAACGCUUUUGAUUUUAUUUUAUAUUCUCGUCGUUUGCUACGUUUGGUUCAAUUAUUCUGGAGACCUGCAUGCAUUGUGCUGCCAGUGGCUAGUGGCUAUUCCGCCGGCGGCAAUUUACAACAAACUCGAAGCCACAAGAUGUCUAACGAGGAAAACGUAAAAUCACUGACGGAAAUCACUGGACUUAAAACGGAGCAAGCAUCUGCACUCCUAUCCGCGUACAACGGUAAUGUGGAAGGAGCAAUAAAUGCAUUUUUUGAGAAUCCGGAAGGUAUUCUGAAUCCGGAACCGCCGGUUGUAGUCGAAGAUGAUGAAGAUAAUGUUCGAGCGCCGAUACCAAGAAAAACGGAAAUACUACUGCCUCCGUCGGAAUCGAGUAGGGGUAGGCUAAAGCGACGAGGAGCCACAAUCACCGAGGUUCCAUUCCGGAAUUUUGAGAUUGAAGGGAGGCUACAGGAACAGAUGCUGAUGCAAGGACAGGGACCUUCUUCAAAGAAAAUUACUCGAUUGGAAGCACUGUUUAUGCCACCGUUUGAGAUACUUUUUUCUGGUAACUUCGACAUGGCCCAACGGCAUGGGAAGAGUGUGGACAAAUGGAUUCUAGUAAACUUACAGGAUGAUUUGAACUUCACUUGUCAAACGUUGAAUCGGGAUCUGUGGUCGGACGGAAAAUUGAAAGAUUUUCUCAGAAAUCAUCUCAUUUUCUGGCAGACGUCCAACAAAACAACAGACGGAGCCAAAUUUAAAACAUUUUACAAAGUAAAUAGCGAGCCCUACAUCGGAAUGAUCGAUCCUCGCACCGGCGAGGAAGUGGAAAAGUUCUCCAUCUGUGACAUAGAUCCAAUCAAAUUUUUAUCCACUCUGAAAAAUUUCCUGGUCGACAACAAGUCGCCUAACGGGAAAGAGGUUUCUUUCAUCGAUUCCAGUCUAAUGCGCCCAUCAACUUCACAGCAAGCUGCUGGCAGUGCAAACGGCUCCAAACCGUCCACAUCGGGUAAACCUGUCUGGGUUCCAGACGACGAAGAGGAGGAGGAAGAGUUCCAGGAAAUUACGGACAGUGAAAGCGACAUGGAACCGGAUACUCCAACUUCAAAAAAUGCCUCGAAGCAAGCCUCGGUUCCGACCGAAACUCCCAGCUCUCCUGUGCUCAGUUCCGACGAUGAAGCAUUGCUCUCUGCUGCCGAGAAGACGCGGAUUAUGCUAAAAAUGCCAGGCGAUGUUACUGAGCGUUUGUUUUUCCGUAGCUCUCGUACGGUGGACCACACGAAAGCUAAACUCAUGAGCAAGUUCACGGCCCGGUUUGCAGACCACAAGGGAAAACCAGUCCGUUUCUUCUGUCCGGCCAUCAAAACAGAUUUGGCGUCACUGGAUGGAAGUCGAACAUUGCUGGAACUAAAGAUCCACCCGAAUGCUGUGAUUCACGUUACGGUUGACGAUUGAACCAGAAAUACAUCUAUUGUUUGUAAACACCUGAGACUCCUUAAUGAGUACACCUACCAGAUAAGUCUUAGUUUCUGAAUCAAUAAAUUAUUAAUGGAUUAACUAG